AAAUCACCACUGCACUCGCCUAUAAAUCGCCUUUCCUUCCCUGCCCAACCCUCCACCCAUCCCUCUCUCUCAAAAUGGAUUUGUCGAAGCGAUUGAUUCCAGCUGCUUUCAUUGUGAUGCUGCUGCUCGUGGCAACUGAGACGGAGCCGAUGGCGGUGGAGGCGAGAACUUGCGAGUCCCAGAGCCAGCGGUUCAAAGGGGCAUGCGUGAGGGGCAGCAACUGCGCUGCUGUUUGCCAGACGGAGGGCUUCCACGGCGGGCAUUGCAGGGGCUUGCGUCGCCGUUGCUUCUGCACCAAAAAUUGCUAGAGAGUUCGCGCUCUGAACGCGCUUUUGAAUUGCAUCUUACCAAAUCUCGCCAGUCUUUUGGAAUAAUCCGGUACUGCAUCGGAAUGUCGUUGUGUGGUCGAGGAUGUAAUCUUCCUUUGGCUGUUUACUCUUUUUGUCAUGGUUGCUUCUGUUUUGAGAGUGUGGAAUCUGUUUUAAGAGCCAUGAUAGGAUCCCCGGAUA